UGGCUUUGAACUCACAAUCCUCCUGCAUCAGCCUCCCAAGCUGCUGAGAUUGCAGAUGUGCGCCACUGUGCUUGGCUGGAAUGUGAUUUUUGUACAAAUAACAUACUUAAUGGAGAAAGGAGAGGCUAGGAAGGAAACUUGGAGACUGGUAUUGCCCUCCUUCUCCCCUGGGUCAGGAAGCAGUGCCGAGGGAGAGGCAGGGAUGGGAUCUUUCAGAAUUCCUGCUCACUUCCUACUUUGCCCAGCCCUUCAUCCUUCUCAGGCCCAUGUCAUCUCUCUUGCUUACUCUGUGCCUAUGUUCACAGCCUACAUUGUGUGCCCAGAGCUUCUGCUUAGGUAAUUGCCCCCACCUAUAACAUCAUUUGAGGUUUCUAACCCCCAAGCUUGCACAAGUAGUCAGAUGUAGUCUCUCCUAUUCCUUUCUCUGUUGCCCCCAAAGUUCACAAGCUCUGCUGUGGUAAAUAUUUGGUUGCUAAUCUCUGUAGGAGAAUAGUAACAAAAAGUUGCAAAGUUCUUGGAGCUCUGAUCUCUCUUAACUCCUGUUAAGAAACCAUUGUGAAGGAAAGGGUCCCAGUGGCCUGUAAUCGAGGCGCCUCUCCCUUUCCAGUGAAAGCAGAAGCCUGGUGCCCAAAAGCUCUGGUGUCUCAAUGGAAACCACUGGGAUCCUUUCCUCUGUGAUACUUUUUCUUCCCUUCACUGAUCCUGGGGAUACUAAGGUUGUCUAAUUCUUUGACCUCUGCUGUGCCUGGGAGGGAGGUCUUAGCCCCUGCUCACAUGCUGCCCCCAGAGGCUAGGCAGAAGCUAUUGGGGUUAGUGCUUCGGUGAAGUUGAAGUUGACAGAUGACAGGUGUGUUGCUUUUAGUACAGUCCUGCUACUUACCUUCUUCAGAGUGAGGCUGGAGAAGGAGAACUUCUUCAGCUUCCACAGGCCUGGGAUGGGGUGGGGGUGUCUGGAUUACCUGGUGCUCAAACCUCCAGGUUUAAACAGUUUCCAAGGAAUCUGGUAAACUUGGGCGCCCCCCUGUGGUUCUGAAUGGAAUGUGUCCCAAUUACUUUUGGGGAAGGAGAGAGAGCAGGGUAUUGGGAGGAACAUCCUCUACAGCCUUGCUGCCUUGUGGCCUGGCCCACCCACCAGCAGUGUCAGCAUCUCCGGGCUGCCUUCAGACUUGCUUUAUCAUCCUUUGCACUUUUAGCAAGAUUUCCACACUAAAGUUUGAAGGUCACUCUCUGACAGUCCCUAAGAUGACCCUAAAUACUCUUACCCCACCUACUUCCGGGCAGGGCUGACUCUCCUUAGGGAUUCUAGACACAGAGUAGGCCACAUCAUAAAUCUGUUCUCCUAGCCACUUCCAAGUGAAUGCUUUUCCAUGACAAUAUGCAUGGUUCUCUCUUGGGCUUUAGAUCAACCUGUUCAAACAUUUGACUGAGGGCAGGGAGGUGGAGCGGCCCAGCCCCCAGAGCCAGCCCAUUCACCUCUGUAAGCUGUUUUGAUCACACGGCAUGUCCAGCAGAAGGCCUGAGCUAUGCACAGCUCUCCUUACCAGGGCAACAGAACCCCUGUGGUAGAGGAAAUGGGUGCAGUUACAUAAGCACCAUUAUGCGAUUGACCCCAGGAGUAUUUGCCUAAUUCACAGUUUCCCCCAACAAUUUUGCACUGUGCCUUCUUCCAGAUUGCUUCUUUAAGCCAUCUGGCUCUAAGGUGAAUUUCUUGUGGCGCUUGGCUUUCCCCAAAGCCAUGUAUCUUCUUGCAUGGAUUCCACUUAGGGGCCUGGGAAAAGAGUGCAUUAGAGAUCUGUAGACCUGGUCUCCACUUCCUCCCCCAACCCCCAGCCCCAACCCCAGUCCCAGCCUUAGCUGUGUUCACACUGCCCUACCUGUCAAGAGACGCUGGCUGACUGGCGAAGGAGCGUACCUGGAAGCUUUGAAAAGUAUGAGGCUACUGGAACUUAAGUUUCAGAUGAAACCCAAGUAUCUUUCUAAUGCUCAUGAGGACUAGAAAGAAGGUGAAAUCUGUUAGUUGAGGUGUACUUGGGGAAUAAGUUCCUUCUCCAGAGGGGAAGUUCACCGUUUCUAGAAUCUUCACAGGGGGUGCAUGUGUUGUUGGCAGCAGGCAGUUCUCCCAUGUAGAGGAACAGGUGAAUCUGUGUGCUUAUAACAGUGUUGUCUGACUAGGGUUCCGUUUUGGGCAGUCAUGUCUUUGUGUGGAAUGCAGUGUGUGAUCAGCUAUCACUGAGUUGAGAGCCCUUGGGUUCUGGUUUGGUGACCUUGAAGGAGUCCCUAAGACCUUUCCAAGUCUGUUUUCUCCCUUUUCAAUUAGUAGGCUGUGGUGGUUGAUUCCCCAGGUCUCUUCCUGCUUGGUCAUGCUCAGCACCCAGCCUGAGCCACGGGGUCUUCUGCUCCUGUUUUUACUGUCUGAUUUUCUUUCUGGGUCUCUAUUCCUGGGUCAGUAACUCCCCAUGCUAGCUUCUUACCUGACUUGCUGCUCACUGAAGUGCUGAAAUUUAGCCUUUCUGGAAAUUGCAUGUUGCUCACUGGAAAUGCAGGAAGCUUGAGCAUGAAGCUCACUCAUCAGAAAAAAAAAGAAAAGAAAACCACACACAGAGCAAGAAACCACAGGGCCUAUCAGCCUGUCGUCAUCGAGCAGACUAGAAUAGUGCAGAAAACUCUAGGCAGAGAGGAAAUGAACUUGAGAGAAGGGGGAACACAGGCCAAGAAGAGAGAGGAGAAAGGGCGGGAGCCCGGGCGGCGAUGGUCAGGAUGGAAGAGGUGGCUGUAAAGCAGGGCUUCCUGCACCUCCAGCAGCAGCAGACUUUCGGCAAGAAGUGGCGCCGGUAUGGAGCUGCGCUGUAUGGAGAGUCAGGCUGCGCCCUGGCCCGGCUGGAGCUCCAGGAGGGCCCGGAGAAGCCUCGCCGCGGAGAGGCCACCCGGAGGGUCAUCCGACUCAGUGACUGCCUGCGGGUGGCUGAGGCAGGCGGGGAGGCCAGCAGUCCUCGGGACACCAGUGCCUUCAUUCUGGAGACCAAGGAGCGUCUGUACCUGCUGGCAGCCCCUACUGCCGAGCGUGGCGACUGGAUGCAGGCCAUAUGCCUCUUGGCCUUCCCUGGGCAGAGGAAAGGGCCCUCGGGGCUGGAGGGGAAGAGUGGCUGGCCCUGCAUGGAGGAGAAUGAACUGUACAGCAGCUCGGCCACAGGGGUCUCGCUCAAGGAAUUUGCUGUUACCGUGAGACCCACAGAAGCCAGUGAGCGGUGCCAGCUUCGAGGACCCUAUAUUCUCCGGGUGGGGUUGAGUGCUCUGGAGCUGUGGGGUGGCCCUGAGUCAGGCACCCAGCUGUACGAAUGGCCCUACAGUUUCCUGCGGCGCUUUGGGCGGGACAAGGUGACCUUUUCCUUUGAGGCCGGCCGGCGCUGUGUCUCUGGAGAGGGCAAAUUUGAGUUUGAGACUCAGGGCAAUGAGAUCUUCUUGGCCCUGGAAGAGGCCAUCACUGCCCAGAAGGAUGCUGUCCCUCCUGGGCCCCCACGCCCACCAGUCACAGUGUCCACCGUGCCCCCUGUGGUGCCUCGGCCAGAGAGCCCCUACUCUAAGCCCCAUGACUCAUUGCCACCACCUUCGCCCAGCACGCUGUUACCUGCCACACGCCCCGAGGGAGAAUAUGCUGUGCCCUUCGAUACCGUGGCCCGAAACCUGGGGAAGAGCUUCCGGGCCGUGCUGGCAGGCCAUCCCCCACUCCCAGCUGACCCCCUGUACGACAGUAUCAUCGAGGAGCCCUCAGCCCCGCCACCUGACCACAUAUACGAUGAGCCCGAGGGCGUGCUCUCCCUGUCUCUCUAUGACAGCCCGCAGGAGCCCCCGGGUGAGGGGUGGAGGAGGAAGGCCACCGAGGAAGGGGGCCCCAGCAGCACGAAGCAGGACUUGCCUGUCUCUGACUGGCCCCAGGGAACUGAGUAUGACAAUGUUGUGCUUAAGAAAAGCCCAAAGUGAUGGGGAGGUCCAGACGUGGCCACCUUGAAGUGCACGGGGUGGCUGGAGGCUGCGGGGGAGGAAGGCCUAGCUCCCCUUCCAGCCUGGCCACUGCACCACAGCACCGCCCUCUGCUCCUGCAGACCCACGCUUGGCCUGCCUUGUUUGGCCUGAUGGAUUGUCCCUCCCAGGGCCCGCUGCCUGAGUCACCAGCCCAGAGCAGGAAAUGUGCGUGGAGAGCCCCACCCUCCUCCUCCUCCUUUCCACUUCCUCCUUUCUCACUUUGACCCUAAAGGGAACCUGGGGCACUUAGGGCAGAGGGAAAAAGGAUAUCCACAAAUUGCCCUAGUUCCUUGGCUCGUGCUGGCCUCCUGCCUGCCGAUGUGCCUUCCUGGGACAGCCCUGGCUGCAGACAUCCAGGCGGUUGGUUGCAGCUUUCUGAGGUUUCAGAUUUCUCUGUGGCAUUAAAAUGUUUUUGAACCACA